GGGACAUACCAUUGAUGAAAGUUUCUUCUGCUAGUAUCAAAACAUACCCACCAAUAUUUACCAUCGAUUCUUUGAAAAUCUGGAUUUUCUCGUUAAGGAUUUUCUUUGUUUUUUAACUACCUGUGUUACUUUGAGUCUCUUCGUCUUUCUUCGGGAUUCCCACUUAGCGUUGUACAUUUUCAUUUCGUGUCAGACUUGACUUUGGUUACCGAGUCGUUAUCAAGUCUUGUUCCAGGUUUAUUCUUGAUUUUUUUUCUCCGUGCUCUUUGGAUAUCCUGCUCUACAGCGACUUUGGUUCGGGCAUGCUAGAACCAUCUAAAGUGUUUUGCUGCCAUCUACCGUUUGGUGUUAUCCAGUGAUAAACACAAUGGACAAAGCUGCUGUGCAGGCUCACAUCCUGAAGUCAAAGGGUGUGCCAACGUUUCUAGGUGGAGAACUGCCUGCCAGUGUGAUUAACAACAAUAAGUAUAUACCUGCACUUACUGCUGAAGCUCAGGACAACAGCUUGGCCUCCAUUGAUCAUGUUAUUCGCAUCGCUCUGUCUGGUGAGGUCAGAAGUGUUGCUCUCAUAGGUCCAGAGGGCUCAGGUAAAACCACUGCUCUGCAGAAGCUUAUCCUGGACUGGACAAAAGGAGAACAUCUUCAAAACUUUUUGCAUGUUUUCAACUUUCAGUUCAGGGAGAUAAAUUCUCUUAAAGGUGUUUUCUCUCUGGAGACUUUUAUGCAACACAAUCAUCAUCUCAUCUCUCCUGAGUCCAUUCCACUUGCUAUAGAGAAAUCUGAUGAGGUUUUGUUUGUUUUUGAUGGCCUGGAUGAGUACAAGCACAGCCUGGACCCCUCCAUUUAUGCCCUCAUUUCUGACCCAAGCCAGACAACAUCAGUACCCUGUUUAGUGGCCAGUUUGCUUCAGGGAUCCCUGCUGAAAGGAGCUGCCUUCGUGGUGGCGUCCAGGCCGACAGAAAAUCUGAAGUUUUUUAGUGGUACUCAGGUGGAAGUUUUGGGGUUUCUGAAACCCCAACGUGAAGCUUACUGUAACAGCUUUUUUACUGACCAUGCUGCUGCCAGCAAAGCACUACAACACAUGAAUAAGACCUUAGGCUUUUAUGAUUUCUGUACUUCUCCAAGAUUUUGUUGGACAGUUUGUUCUAUUUACAAGGUCCUCAUUGAUUCUGGUGAAAAACUUCCUACCACUGUUUCCCAGCUUUUUGUUAGUAUUUUGGUCCACUUGAUUCAAAUGCUCUCUCUGAGUAACUCUGCCAACAGGGCACUAGUGUUGGCCCUCGGUAGGAUGGCCUCUCACUGCUUACUUAACCAACAUUCAAGCUGCACCAAAGAGCACAUUGAUUCCUUUGGUUUACAACAGUUUCUUACCUCAGUUAAUGUUUUCCUGCGAGUAAAUAGUGAACUUGAGUCGGGCCAGUGUACCGUCUCCUUUCAUUCCCAACUAAUGCAAGAGUUCAUUUUGGCUCUUGUGUUUUUUUUGGACCAGUCCACAUUUGGGGAUGUGAAGACGUUGCUGGAAAAACAUGAAGGCAACGCAAAGUUCCUAGACUUUUUCUUAUCUGGGCUCUCAGAGCCACUCCAGUACAGAUCUUUGGAGGCCCUGCUGGGAAAAUUUAAUCCUGAUCAGAUGAAGGAUUAUGAACGGUGGUUUAGAAGCAGCUUGAAGGAGAAACUUAAAUGGUGCCACCAAGAUGAGCACCACAGAUGGCUCCACCUACUGCAUCAAGCUCAGAAUGAGAAUUUGGUAAAGGAGAUCGUGAUUUCUUCAUCAAUACCAGGCAUCAGUCACAGUGACUUGAGCCUCCAGGACUGUGUAGCUGUGAAUUAUAUUUUCACAUGCCUUGGUGAAGUGGAGAGGUUAAAUCUGAAGCAUACAAGAAACUUUACAGAGGAGAAGGCAGAAGUCCUGGCUCCAACUCUGAGUUUGUCACAGCAGAUAACCUUAUCACAGAUCAGUACAGGAGCUGUCCAUCAUCUGGCUUCAGCUUUCAGCAGGGGAGUCCUCAGGGAGCUGUGUCUCUCCAAUUCCAACGUCUGCGAUGAAGAUUUCAACAUUCUCUGUGGGGGACUCAAAGAAAGCAAGCUGCACAAAUUAAUUCUUGAAAUGUGCAAGCUGACAAGGGCCAGCUGUGACAGUGUGGCUUCUGUGCUGACCUCAGAAAACUCUCAGCUACACACACUGCAAAUCAGGUUUGAUGGAAUCGGUGAUCUUGGCUUCACAAAGUUGUGCAAAGCCAUGCACAGUCCUCACUGCAGACUUCAAGAUCUCUACCUGCAAACGUGCGACCUGACCGCGACAUCCAUGGAUGCUUUUGCAGCAGCUUUGUGUUCUGGCCAAUCACAGCUGAGAAAAGUAAACCUGGCAAGUGACGAGAUUGGUGACAGUGGACUAGAGGUUUUGUGCAAAGCUUUGCAACACCCACUGUGUCAACUUCAGAGCAUUAGAUUGUUUGAAUGUAGCCUGACAGCUGCAAGCUGCUCAUCUCUGAAGGAGGUCUUGAUGUCAGACCACUGCUCUCUGUUAGAGCUGGAUCUGUCAUGUAACGAGUUGGGCCAGGAAGGGGGACUUCUGCUCUGCCAAGGCCUGAGUCGACCCGGCUGUCUCAUGCAAAGUGUCAAUUUGACCAGAUGCAAGUUAACUCCAACAGUCUUCAAGGAACUGGGCUCAUUGCUGAGAAAUGGGACUUGUCAACUCAAGUCCUUGAGUGUGGGUCUUAAUGAUGGGGGAAAUCAAGGGGUUAAACAUCUUUGGGAUGCUGUUGCACAACCAAGCUGCAUGUUGGAGGAAUUAGAUGUUGAAAUGACCGGCUUGACAGAUGCAUGUGUUGAAGACAUGUGUGCAGCUGUGAGGGCCAGUAAGACUCUGAAGAGGCUGGAGAUGAGAAACAACACACUGACUGAUGCCUCCGUCCCAGUGAUUGUCCAAGUCAUAAAGGAAAGCCACAUCAUGGAAGAGCUGGUCCUAAGGUAUAAUGAAUUCAGUGAGGAUGUUUUUAACAUGCUGGAGGAGUGUAAUAAAAUAAUAUACUGAGGAGUCUCAAACUACUGCAGGACUGAUCCAGCUAUAACAUUAAAAAUAACUUAACAUAACCAUAAAAUUGAUUUUCUUAUUAUAAUGCAAUGUUUAAAUGCACAACCUUGGAUUCUGACAUGUUUUGGAUCCUGUGGAUGUUACUUAGAUAUGUACCACUGACCUAAAUAGACCAGGCACCUGAGCUGCUCCUGAGCAGCUCAAGCAGCCAAUUCCUUAGAGCAUCUGCAGGAUGUGGCACAGCAAGCCUGAUCUUUGGAUGCCUGACCUUGCAGCAACACAUCUAUUCCCAGCUUCUUGGAAGCAGACACUGCAGGACAUCCCCAAGAUCACCCAUCCAUACCCACAUAGGUGCAAACUCUUCUACAAACAUCAGGGGAAUUCACAGAAAAUUAAGCUGGUGACUUAAAUGUUACUGAUAUUGAUAAAUACACGUAUGGAAAAUAAAUAAAUGAUUGGCUCCAAUGACCUUUAAAUAAGUUUUUCCCUUUUUGUGGAUAAAAUUGUUUAGUAGUCUGAGUCACUCUUCCCUGAAAGUUACUACUUACGAAUAUAAAUCUCAGGUCAACUAACUAAAACUGUUGCUGUGCCACUUUUUCCACAGGCAAAUUCAUAAUUUACAUUGUAAAGGCUAUAUUAAACACUCCAUUUAAAUCUUUUAUCAAUAAGUUUUUGGGAUGUUUAAAAUCCCAAAUCAUAAGCACAAGAGAUGUCAUGUAUUUAAUAUAUAAUGCAGUGAUUUGUUUUAAUCAGUGAAAAAUAUUACAAAUUUCCUCAAAAAAAUCUUAUUUACAUGCAUUGGUUGUAGCAUUGUAAGCAGUUUUACAGUCUCUGUAAACCCCCCACCCACACACCCACACACAAACAUUUCUGUCCACCCUUGUAAACUUGUAAAUUGAAAAACUAAUUCAAUAAAGCACAGCUCAAUCUGUAUGCCACAUAUGGAAUUGUCCUUCUAAAUUCUGCCUCCAUUUAAACAUCUCAGUGGAUUUGUGUGGG